AUGUUUUAUUUAUUAGUGUCACUAAUAACUUUUGUUUGCUUAAUUGAAAAUUCUUUCGAGGUGGAAAAAGAUGGCGAUAAAUUAAUUCUACAGCCCGUAGAACUAAUCGAUCUUGUAAUUCAGGAACAGAUGAGAAAAAAUGUGCCCGCCAUUCGACGUCGUUUCAAGGAAAACGUAAAGUCAACUACUACGGAGUCUAGUGAAAUAGGCAAAUGGACAGAGAAUAGUAGCGGUGAUGAGGAGCUAUUACGCGCGCGUAAGGUGUGGAGUCGUUGGGGCAAAUGGAGUGACUGCUCCGCUUCGUGUGGAGGAGGCUCUAUAAUCCGUCGUAGACUUUGUGUUGCUGGGAGGUGUGCUCCUGGAGAGUUUGAAGAACAGCGAAGACCUUGUGCUAAGGCGCCUUGUGCUCCGUCUGCCGACGUUAUUGCUUCUGAUGAUCUGCGUGAAAAUGAAUAA